UUUAAGACAAAAAAACAAAAAACCUCUACCAGUGUCAGGUAAACCAAAGCCUUGACCGGUUAUCCACCUUUCUUUGUUUGAGAACUGGUUUCAGAACUGGUAUUGCGUCGGGUCGAUUUAGAACUGGAUCUACCCUACCACUUUGUUUGGUUGAGUUCACUUAUAAAUUGCAGUUUGAGAUGUUCGCUCGAUUAUUCCAGUCUUGUUUUCCAUCCACCGGUGAAAUGGAUUUAGAUAAUAUUUUAAAUUUCGAAACUCUUAAAUGUCACACGCAAUGUGUAAGUGUCGGAAAGCGUGUUCUGUGUGAAGAGUCGGAGGUGCCGCCGUCGAAAAAAAGACGGGAUGUAUUUAGUGUUGAUUCGUCGUUCGUCCCUCCAUCGGUAUCGGGAGUGAGGGAUAGCAGAAAGAGAGCGCCGUCAGAGGAAAGCGUCAUUUAUGUGGGGAGCGAAACACUCCCCCUAAAUCAGCCACGCAGCGAGAUGGGACGCUUAAUUCUAAAAAUUAAAAAAAAUACAGCGGUGGCGGCGCAAACUUUCAAAGUAGCGGCGGAGGUGCACGCUUCUCCAAGCGUGCAAACAUCAAAACACCACUCUACAUCUUUUGAAGAUAUUUCCGACUCUGAAGACGGGACAUCUGAUCACCCUUCACUUCAAACCUGCAACAAACCCUCUAUCGAGGGUUACCCCUCUAUCGGAGAUAUAUUAAAUAUCUCCGAAUUGGGAUCAUCACCUGAAGAGGGGUUAACACAGACACAUAUAACUCAACCCCAAGCUGAAGAGGAAAUACCCAUGAAACCUAUGACUGAGACCCAAGUCUGGGAAAAAGAGCUUAUAUCGAGAACAGAGCCGUCACUCACUAAUGUAGUGACGAGAGUUCUCCAAAUCCCCAACCGCGCAGAAGCUUACCACCAAGCAUUAUGUGAGGAUUUUAAGGGAGGACUUGUGUCGGCUCUUGAACGUCAUCAAGACCGCAUUCAGGAAAGGUUAAAUGAGAAUUUAAAGGAAAGUGAACUCCUUAAAAAAGCCAUCCAAAACAUUUUUUCAUAUGGUGAAAAAAUUUCCGAGGCUUUUCACGAGGAGAAUAUCCGGCUUUCACAGGAUCUCAUUAAUAUAAAAGCUUCCCUGGCCAAUGCUGUGAGGUCAGAUUCUCGAGACUUAUUCAACAAAAAUGUCGCUGGUGAUGUCCUGAGAUGCGGGAUGCGGGAUGAAGGUGCAUAAAGCGGUAUAUGUUGUAUUCUACCCCGUAGGUGGUCCCUGCAACCCUGUAUAGUUAGUAUUAAUGAUUUUAAAAGUGUAUAUAUUGGAUCAAUAUUUGUAUUUAUGUUUAUUUUUAGUUAGUAUUAAUUAUUUUUUAAGUGUAUAUAUAUUAAAUUUUAUAUUUAUGUUUAUUUGUUUAUUUUUAAUAAAAACGUAUUUAACAAUUUCAUUGGUUUUUCUUACUUUAAACUUGAGAAGUAUUUAAUUUUUAUAAAAUAAUAUUUAUGUCGAAGGGGGUAAUAAACAAAUUUACUUUAAAAAAAGUUAAAAUAUUAUUUUAAAUUAAGCUUUUAUACCUAUCAAGUUCAUAAUUAUUCUAGCAUAACUUUAUUACCAUUUUGAAUAAACUUUUUGUGAACCAAGUUCUAUAGUUCGGUCAGUCUAAUUUUUAUAAAAUUUCUUCUCUCCAUCUUAGUAAGGCUUAUAUCAUCAUUUACACCAUAAUUCGAUCGCUUUAAAAGUAGUUUUAAAUAAAAAGUAAUAA